CAAUUGGCCAGGCAUUUGCCAAAAAGAAAUUUCGGGUAUAAAAGCCAGAGUUAAACCCUCAAUUGGCAUCGAAGCAUCGAGCAUCUCAAGUCUCAAGCUACAAUCAAUCAAUCAAUCAACCAAAAUGGCUUCCAGCAAAGUUCUCUUCCUGGUUUUUGGUGUCCUGGCCCUGGUGUUCGCAGUCAGCAUGUCGGAAGAUGUAGUCGAAAAGGAUAUUGAUGUUAUCAGCGACCGCCGCUACCGUUGGCCAUCUUCUGAACAAGAUAUCGAUGAAUCCGAUGCCCAAGACGAUGACGAUGAUGUCCAAGAUGAUGACGAUCAGAGCGGCAGCGAUGAGUUCGAAGAAAUUGAAAUCUGGGAGCUGGCUCCGGAAAGUGAUGAGCACUCGGGAAGUGAGGAACACUCGGGAAGUGAGGAAAGCCAAUCCAAUGAAGCAUAAUUUUAUUUGUUUUCCAAAUUCUUGUUUUUAGAAAUAGUCUGUGCUUAAAGAAGUUAAUAUUAUAAAGUUCAUAUUUAAUAAAAUAUUUUGACAACAUAUAUUUGAAUGCCGU